GAGCUUUCCUUGGUUUUCUUGUCAGAAGGGCAAGCUGAGUCCGAAGUUCAUAACUCUCUAUUCUAUUCCAGAUCAAAACCUAAUUUUGCCUUGGUUUCUUCAGCGAAAUUUCCCAAAUCCCUCCGAUCGAAUCAAUCUCCGAGAUGAACUUGGUUGAAUCCAAUCAAGCUAAAAACAACUCGCUGAUCUCUGAAGCAGCAUUAGAGAGAACACAGUAUCCAUACGUCACUGGUACAUCAGUGAUUGGUAUCAAGUACAAGGAUGGUAUUCUCAUGGCUGCUGAUAUGGCAGGUUCGUACGGAUCCACCUUGCGUUACAAGAGUGUGGAGCGGUUGAAGCCUGUUGGGAAACACUCUCUCGUUGGCGGCAGUGGAGAGAUAAGUGAUUUCCAGGAGAUUUUGCGUUACCUUGAUGAGCUUAUCUUGUACGACAAUAUGUGGGAUGACGGGAACUCAUUGGGGCCUAAAGAAGUGCAUAGUUAUUUGACUCGGGUGAUGUACAACCGUCGCAACAAGUUUGACCCACUAUGGAAUUCUCUUAUACUUGGAGGGGUGAAAAAGGGUCAGAAGUAUCUUGGAAUGGUCAGUAUGAUUGGAGUUCAUUUCGAGGAUGACCAUGUGGCAACUGGAUUCGGAAAUCACCUUGCAAGGCCUAUUCUUCGCGCUGAAUGGCACAAGGAUAUAAGUUUUGAGGAUGGUGUUAAGCUACUGGAGAAAUGCAUGCGCGUACUUCUCUAUCGUGAUAGAUCUGCUAUCAACAAGUUUCAGAUAGCGAAAAUCACAGAAGAGGGUGCGACCAUUUAUCCGCCCUACGCCUUGAAAACUUCCUGGAAUUUGGCUGCUUUUCAGAACCCUACUGCUGGCGCUGAAGGGUCAUGGUAGUGCUGAAGUACAUGGCCUUAAUAUCGAAAAACAUGCCACACUUUGAGGUGGCGAAUUUGGAUUUGAUGCAUUGAUUUCAUAGCUUUUGUAACAGUAACUUGAUUUUGUAUGUUUUCAAUUAAGUUGUUUGGAGGUUUCUCUUGUGAACUUAUCUGCUGCAUUUUCCAAAAAAAAAAGAACUUAUCUGCUGCAUUCAGUGUAAUGACGAAGUUGAUGAGCAUUUGUAA